UCAAACAAUAUGAAACGCGCGCCUGUCCGCCUGCUGACCGAACUCGCGCUUAUUGCCCAUCGAACCUAAUAGACGGCGGACGCGGGAAAUUCGAAAAAAGAACUGUCAAAAUACAAUUAUUAAAAAAUAAAAUAAAAACGAAUCGAAUAAAAAAAAUUGAAUGUGUUCAAAUUGUGAUUUUUCCCAUUUUUGAAGUUGAGUUCUUUAGAUUUGGUUCAAAUUUUGAAAAUGAAAAUGGCUGAAAGUUGCGUUAAAAUGUUUUUCAUCCUUUGUUUGACGGUUAUCUGUCAUUCGGGAGAAGCGGCGGAUGAAAUCAUAACGACACUACCGGAAUACCUCCUGCCAUGCAACAGAAACGACCCAGAGCUGGACACAUGCAUCAAGAGAUCCUUCAACCACCUUCGCCCCUACUUGGCCCGUGGUCUAACAGACUUGGCUGUACCUCCCGUAGAACCUCUGCUUAUAGACCGACUGGUUAUGGAAAACUCUGCUGGCCCAGUACGAGUGACCGCCGCCUUCAAUAACAUCACCGUGGUUGGGCCAAGUAACUAUACGGUUACUAAGAUCAGAUCGGACCUAAAGAAGUUACGCAUAGACAUGGGUCUAGUGCUCCCGCGCAUAGAAGUAACCGGUCGCUAUGAAGUAAGCGGACAAGUGCUGUUGUUCCCGGUUAGAUCACAGGGAGAUUUCUGGGCUUCUUUCAGUGACGUAGCCGCCAUAGUGAAGAUAUUCGGCAAAGAGUCAGUACGACAAGACACAAAGUUCCUCACAGCUGACAGGAUGUUAGUGGACUUCAAACUGAGAGGUUCAAGGUUCAAAGUGAGGGACACUGUUAACCAUGGCAGCGUUAUUGGUGAAGCAAUGAACCAGUUCUUAAACAACAACGCAGCAGAGAUCAUAGACGAGAUGCGUCCCGCAGCCGCGGCGGCCAUCGCUAAACAUUUCAAAGUGUUCCUUAACGCCGCGUUUGAGAAGAUUCCCGUCGAUCUUUGGCUUAAACCUUGAUUAUUUUAGUUGUUCUAGCUCUUUGUUAUAGGUUCUAAAAUUUCAAUGGUGAUAUAAGUAAAAAAGUGUAAAAAGGUGGUAUUCGAUAUGUGGCUAAUCUUAUAAUAUAAAAAUGAAUUCCAAAAUGUGUUGGUAAGCGCAUAACUUUAGAACAGCUGAACCAAUUUCUUUAAUUCUUUUUUUAUUAUAUUCCUUGAAGUACGAGGAUGGUUCUUAUGUAGAGAAAACGUGAAUAUGUACCACGGGCGAAGCCGGGGCGGACCGCUAGUUAGCUAUAUUUAACAUCAGUUGUCUUUUUUUUUUGCUCACGAUAGUUGAAUCAUAUUAUCUCACUUUGACGUCCUGUGUGUGCGUAGGGGGGUGCUUUUCUACCAAUAAUGUACGAGGAUGUGUAGCGAGGAAUGUGUUUGUAAAGAACCAAUCAUAUCGCUUCAUUUAGUUUAAAGUUUGAAGCGAUACUAUUGGUGAUUUACAAACACAUUCCUCGCUACACAUCCACGCACAUUAUUGGUGCAAACUGCAAAGCACCCAGGGUGCCGUUUUUGAAGAUCGAAUGUCGUGUAACGUGUUGGUAUAUCUAUACCACCUAUAUCUUUUUACUUAUAAUAUCAUUGUAAAACAUGCGGUAUUUUUUGUAUGUUUCGAUAUUUCUUUGUGUUCAGUGUUGAUUGGAUUUGUGAUUUAAUGUAGUAUUUGUUUGGCGGAAAUUUCUGUUUCAAACAAACUAAUGAUUGUAGAAAGAAUGUGAAAGUUUUUGUAAGAAAUUGUCUGAUAAAUAUUUGGAAGUCUGAAGUACAAUUUAUCUCACUCUAUCAUACAAGUAUAAAUUCCAUUAAUUGAAGAUUUAAAAAUAUUGAAUAUACUAUUAACAUAUUACCUUUUUAACAGUUUGAUUUUAGGCGAGUAUUACACGCGAUUUUAGCGGAUUUUAAACGUGAUUAAUUAUUCAUCAUAAAUAUUGAAUUCUGAAUUUUCUAACAAAACUUUUUUGGGCGUUGUACAGAAAUAUAUACAAGAAAUUUUUUAACGUUCUUCAGUCGAAUAAACCUUGACUAUAACAUAAAAGUGAGACAUUGUAAAACAGUGUUUUAGCAUUUAUUCAUAAGUUCUAAUGUAAUUUUAACAAAUGUUUCAUACAAGUAUUUUGUAUUUGUAAAUAGUUCUUAUAUUUUACUGUUUCUACAGCAUAAAGAAACAAAAACAUAUAAGAUUCAAACUUAUAAAUUAUCAUCAAAAAGCUCAUAAGUGUCUCAAAAUAUGGGACAUAUUAGAAUAUAUUAAUUGGAUUAAAAGCUUUAUUUAUUUAGUUGUAAUUAGUUUUAAGACAUUGUAAAUGUGCGACUUUGCGACCGAUCUGAAUAGCAUGUAAGUGAUAGUGUGAAUAUGUUAAAUAAUAAAAGUAUUUUACCAACA